GGGAGGGCCAGUGAGGCAGGAAUGCGCCGCGCAGGAGGCAGCGGCGGGACAAGUAAGGGCAAGUCCCCGGAGCUACCGCCCUGCGCGCAGACAGAGCCCAGGCGAGCCAGCGAACGGGCAGGGGCGCGAGCGAGGCUGGGCGCACGGGGCAAAGGCGGCGGGCCGCUGCGGCCGAAGCGGGCGCGGGGUGACCAAGCGGACGCCGGGGCGCGCGCACCAGCGGUCGGGGCGCGGGCAGUCAGGGCGCACCGCGCGCGCGACCCGCAGCUGCGUCCCCGGGCCCGGGCCCGGGCCCCGGCCCCAUGACGGCGGCGGCGACGGUGCUGAAGGAGGGUGUGCUGGAGAAGCGCAGCGGCGGCCUCCUGCAGCAGUGGAAGCGGAAGCGCUGCGUGCUCACCGAACGCGGGCUGCAGCUCUUUGAGGCCAAGGGCACGGGCGGCCGGCCCAAGGAGCUCAGCUUCGCGCGCAUCAAGGCCGUGGAGUGCGUGGAGAGCACCGGCCGUCACAUCUACUUCACGCUGGUGACCGAGGGUGGCGGCGAGAUCGACUUCCGCUGUCCCCUCGAAGACCCCGGCUGGAAUGCCCAGAUCACCCUGGGCCUGGUCAAGUUCAAGAACCAGCAAGCCAUCGAGACAGUGCGUGCCAGACAGAGCCUGGGGACUGGAACCCUGGUGUCCUGAACGGCCAGGCGUAUCACCUUACCUCCCUACUCCCCACGGAGCCGGCGACCGGGGCACGUCGGCGUCCUGGCCCCCGGUGGCACUCGGGGGCUGACCGGGCUCCACCUGGAGAGGCAGAGUCACCGUCUCGAACAAGAGGCUUUGGAGCUGAAGGGUCUGACACUCUGGGCAGAAGGGCAGAAGGCCUCUCGGGGCUGAGGAUGAAGAUUCGGCCCCUGGACCCUCUCCGCCUCGGAGGAUGCGUCCCCAGCUAAGGGCCUUCCAGCCACAGGCCUGACCGAUGGACCUUGAUGGAGACCUGGGGGGACAGCCCCCACCCCAGGGCCCGGCUCCCUAUUCUGCAGACUGCUGGUCCUUGGCGUGCCGCCGCACUGGAGGGGGCCAGUGCGCUCAGCCUCAGGACACAGGGGACUGCCCCCGGACUGACCAUGGUGGGGGGAGCUGAUGGGCCUGAGGCCCACACUGGGGGGUCUCCUGCUGCUUAGGUCCCUCUGGGACCCCCGCCCCUUCAGGCCCUCUCUUUGCACACUUCCUCCCUUGCCCCACCCUUCUGCCCCCACUGGGGUGCUGGGCCUGGAGGUGGCCGGGUGGGGCGGGGGCUUUGCCGUUACCAUUUCAUGCCUGUCCCCAAAUGAAGACGCCCUGCAGGGGGCAGUGGCCACA